ACCUUGCAAGAGCAACGCCAUUGGCUAAGGGUUACAAUACCCAACCCUCAAAUGAGCACGAUCAAUGCAUACCUGGGGUGCUCUGCUUGUGGACGGCGUGGAGACAUUCCAGCAGGGACAUCCUACACUUGCACCAGAUGUAAGGCAGAUACCGUGUCUACUCCCAAGUAAGCUGCAAACUUUAGAAUGUUUUGUUACAGACGAAUACAUGUAAUGCUGUGUCACACUUUUGCAAAUGAUCAUUGUAGGAUUACCUACAAUUUCGUGGCAUCUGAUGGGACUGGCACAAUGGAAUGCACCUCGUUCACUGAAGAUUCUGAAAAGUUGUUCAGGAUGACGGCUGCAGACACGUUCAGGAUGAAGCACAGCAAUGAUGCAGCGACCUUUGAACAGCUCCAGGAAAUGCUCAAGUCCAACCACUUUCUGCUGGAAAUCGGUCCAACAAUGGGCCUUUCAAAGAACGGCGUGCUUGAAUGGUGCUUAAAAUCGAUUGAUUUGGAAUCAGGGGAGGCCCAAGCAGAAAAUGUUGAGCAUCACUUUGCUGAUCAGCAGGCUGAACAGGGUCCGAGUGCCAGCCAGGUGCUUGCACAAGCAACGGUUGCUAGGCAGCAGCUUGAACAACCAACGCUUCGUAGGAAGAACCCUGAGCAAGCAAUGGUUACUGGGAAGCAUCCAGAGCAAGGAGCCAUUCCUCAAAAGAAACUGAAGCAGGAAUUCAUAGCUGAGCUCCAUGCUGCACAGGGGAGUAUUGCAAGACAAUCUGACGAAGAAGAGGAUGACUCCUCUGGUAAGUAAUUCAAGUGCAUCAUUAGUUGUCCCUUUUGCUUAGGAUGAAGAAGCCAGAUCCUCUGGUAUGUAAUUCAAGUCAAUCAGUCAUCCACCCUUUUGCUUAGCUAAGAUUAAUGUCUUGUAAAAUAAUUAGUAUUGUAGUUGAUCUACCUUGGAAACUUGUAAGAUAUAGGUAGUCUCUACUUAGCCUAGAAUCAAACCCUUUAGAAUUUGCGCUUACUAUGUUUACGA